AUGUCCACCCAGAGAAUCCGAGCACCGCGGGGUGGCGCCCGUGGAGGUAUGCAUGAGACUGGGGAGGAAGUUGCAAUCUGGAGAGAUUGUUUGUCUGACAUGGACAAGGUUAUACAGAAUGAGAAGAGAGCAGAGGAGCUUAAGCAACAAAUCUUUGCGAAGGAAGCCAAGAUUAAGGAAAGGCAAGUGGCGGGAAAGGAGCCCUCAACAGAAGAAUUGGAUGAAUUGAGUUCCAUGUACCGAGAACAAGUUCGGAUUGCAGAUAACCAAAAGGCCUAUAUAGGCUCGGAUAGUUCUAAUGGCCUCUUACAAAACAUAGGCAUACUUAUGGCAGUUGUUAGAAGCAACGAGGAGAAGGAGGAGUCAACCACGGCAAGGGGCUCCACCUCCCGUGACUCCCACUCGAGAUCUGCUAUGGAAUUCGAUGGACCAUCCGACUCCCCCGGCCCGUCGCCAGCUGAAAAUCGGAUUCGGAAAGCCGGUGCUGGCGGGAGGACCAGUAGCCAGCCUCCCAGAAACCUAGAUGUGGCCGUCAGGGCGGAUGGUCCUGUUGAACCUGUCGAGCGAAACACAAGCAAGCCCAAAAUCGUCUACGCGAUUGGGGAUGAGGUUGCAUUCAAACGGAAAUCUGGCGAAGAACUUGACUGGAUCCAAGGGAUCGUUACGCGCGUCAUUGGGGAGGGCAAGAGUCGAAGAUAUGAGGUCCGGGAUCCUUAUCCUGACGAUAAAACCCUUGAUACCGUUUACAAGUCCUCUGCGUCGCAAAUGGUACCAAUACCUCCUCCCGGUUCCAAAUUAGAGGACUAUGAGGUUGGAAAACGUGUUCUCGCGCUUUAUCCGACCACUUCUACGUUUUAUCGGGCUGAUGUGAAGCGCAUGCUAGAAGGUGGGUCUAAAGUUGAAUUGCUAUUCGAGGAAGAAAUCGAAGGGGAGCAAGAAAAGAUGGUCGAUCGCCGUCUCGUGCUGGAUCAUAAAGGAUAUUUAGCAGGCGUUCUGGGACAGGGCAGGGCGCGGUGUACGGAGUACUACGAGGGAAUACUCCUAGACUCUUUGAGAAGAGGUUCUGCUACAAAGGACACUGCCGGCGAUGAUAUCGUGGGAAACGACACGUCUCGUACCAUAUCUCUAUUACAUACCUACCUAUUUGGACGGAUCUCCAAAACUACACUUUUCACUUCUUUAUGUACUGGGUACCUUUACGUCAAGGAAUCGGCACAAAGAUGUAGUCACAUGAUCUGGCGGGCUAGAGCAGCAAUUAAACGCGGUGCCCCUGAAACAACCGCGCUCACAGGAACAAGACCACCACAUCUAACAUUGCGACCACUUCACUACGAUUGUCCAAACGUCAAAGUAAAGUACGCAAUUUCUUGCAGCUGGCGCAGCAAUAUCCCCGCACCGCAUAUACAAGCAACUUCUCCUGACGGACGAGACAACGCAUAUCUCCCUGACGACGGAGCAAAUAUGGGCGGGCAGAUCUCAAAAAUGAUGGGCAAGAUCUUCGGAUCGAAAGAAAUGCGGUUGCUGAUGCUGGGUUUGGAUGCGGCGGGCAAGACAACAAUCCUCUACAAGCUGAAGUUGAAUCAAGAUGUUACGACUAUUCCCACAGUCGGGUUUAACGUGGAGACGGUCACAUAUAAGAACGUGAAGUUUAAUGUUUGGGAUGUUGGUGGACAGGAUAAAAUUCGACCGCUCUGGAGGCAUUAUUUUAGUGGUACCCAAGGCCUUAUUUUUGUAAUCGACUCGAGCGACAAGGCACGUAUAGACGAGGCGAGAUCGGAAUUACAUCGGAUUAUCAAUGAUAGGGAAAUGAAAGAGUCACUUCUUCUUGUAUUUGCCAACAAACAAGAUAUUCCUGGCGCUAUGAAACCACAAGAAGUAACAGACGCCCUGAAGCUCAACCAACUGAAAGACAAGAUCUGGUUUGUCGUGCCCAGUUGUGCUACAACUGGUGAAGGGCUACUAGAAGGAUUGGCAUGGCUCUCCAACAACGUCAAAUCUCCCCCCAAUACUGCAGGCAAGAAAUAA